AUGCACAUUCGAAUUCAUAUUGGGGAGAAACCUUAUUGUAGUAUAUGUAAUAAAAGUUUUUCACAAAUAGAUUUGUCUAGACCCAAUUGUGUUCAUACCGGCGAGAAACCUUAUUCUUGUAGUAUAUGUAAUAAGAGUUUUUCACGAAAAGAUGGACUGACUGAGCACAGUCGUGUUCAUACAGGUGAGACGCCUUAUUCUUGUAGUAUAUGUUAUAAGAGAUUUUCAUCAAAACGCACUUCGACUCAACAUAGUCGUGUUCAUACUGGUGAGAAACCUUAUUCUUGUAGUAUAUGUAAAAAGAGUUUUUCUCAUAGAAAUAAUCUAUUUAAUCAUAUUCGAGUUCAUACUGGCAAGAAACCUUAUUCUUGUAGUAUAUGUAAUAAGAGUUUUACACAAAGAAUUCAAUUGACUGAACACAGUGGUGUUCAUGCAAGUGAGAAGCCUUAUUCUUGUAGUAUAUGUUGUAAGAGAUUUUCAAUAAAAGGUAAUUUGACUCGACAUAAUCGUGUUCAUACAGGUGAGAAGCCUUAUUCUUGUGAUAUAUGUAAUAAGAGACUUUCAGAUAGAGGUAGUUUGACUCGACAUAGUCAUCUUCAUACUGGGGAAUAA